AGUAAUGAGUGUAACUGUACUAUAUACCUAAAAUGUACCAAUACACUCAAUAAAAAAAAGAAGUGGUUAGCAAUCAUGUUUUCUUGCUCAGUUGUUUCCAGCAUUUACUCAGUAGACUUUAAGUUGUAAAACAUUCAAUUCACAAUUUGGAACUUUAUCUAACUUUGUUUUUUAUUCCUAUUCACGGCCAAUGUAGCCCUUCAGCUUCUAAAAUCUUGUUUUAAUGCUGGGGAAUGUAGCUCCAUUGUAGAGCAUUUGCAAGGCUCUUGGUUUGAUCCCCAGUACCAAAAAGGAAAAAAAAAACAACAAAAAAAGACAUUCCGAAUUGCUCAUGGAAGGGAUGGGAUUGUAGCUCAGUAGUAUGUAGAUUGCUUGACUGGCCUACUAAGGCCACAUGUUUGGGUGUGAUCCCCAGUACCCAGUCCCCCCAAAAGUAAAUUGUUAAUGGGAGAAUUCUUAUUUUGUUACUCUCUAAAAUCAAACCAAAACUCCAAUUCAGUUUGAGGUGUCAUUGUGAAAGCAUAUCCAUAUUAAGGUUAUUUAGGUGGUAAGUGUGUGAAGUAACUCUUCUAUGUAUUGCUUUUCAGGAGUAGAAGGUUUGUCACUCUUAAGUGACUAAGCAGUCUCACAAAUAACCAGCAACUUUACAGAUAAUUAGGCUCAACUCAGAGCAAGUGGAAUUUCUCCUGGUGCACAAUGUGUACCAGCUCCAAUGAGGCUAAUAUUCGAACCUCCACUUGUGGUGGUGCUGGUGGUGAUCUUGGUGGUGAUCUUGGUGGUGAUCUUGGUGGUGCUGCUGGUGGUGACAGUGCUAGUCGUGGCAAUGGUGAAGAGAGCACUAUUCUUUAUGCCUUUCCAGAGGAUCCUCCAUAUCAGCAGGAACAUUUUCAACCAAACAUACCACAUAGUGCAGCAGCAGUGCUUCUAAGACCAUUUCUGGAGCUCAUUGGCCAUUGUCAGGUUAUAUAUGAUGCCAUUCAACAGAUAGAUAUGAAGUGUGCUGUUAUUGAAAGAAAGGUGGCAAAAAUUUACCGUGCACAAGGGAAACAGUGUUGGCACUCUACUAAUAAGCACAAAGAACAGGACGCGGAUUUUGAAAGAAGCGAAGAUGAGGAAAUGGAGGCACUGGAGCGUCUCAAUUCAUUUUCGCACUCUGAAAGUUACAGCCCAACUUCACCAGUUCGCAGACCAGAAAUUAAUUUUGAUGAAAACAUAAUAUCACCUUUUAACUAUGAAGAAUCAGAGGAAAUGAAGCAGGAAAUAGAGGAACCCCUGCUCCAGCAGGAGCCAUUCGAUGGUGGUUCACCAAUUCCUACCAACUGCACUGGCGAUGCUCACUGCACAUGCAUGAGAUGUGCUAGUACGCCUGGCAGCCCCAAGUUUCCUGGCAACCCCAGCAUGUUGUCUGCAGAAGUUUCCAUGAUGUCUCAUUCAGUUCCUCUGACCCGGAGAGAUACUUGCCUGAAACAUAGUUUGAACGAAAACAGCCUUUACGGGUGCUGGGAGAGUAAGCGUAUUAGAACACCUUUCCAAAACUCAACUGGUUUUGUUACAAGCUCUCCAAUUAUAUCUAAUUCUGAUGUUCUGAAACAAACCUUGCCUGAAGACCCUAUGCACUGGUCGGUGGAAGAUGUGAUCCUGUUUCUGAACCAUGCAGAUCUUCAGAUGUCAGACCUCCUCGCCUACCUCCUGAGGCAACAUGAAAUUGAUGGGAAAGCCCUUCUACUGCUCAAUAAUGAUAUGAUCAUAAAGUAUAUGGGUUUGAAGCUGGGGCCAUCUCUGAAGCUAUGCCACUGCAUCAAAAAGCUUAAAGAAGAAAAAUCCCUAAGUGCUUUCGGAAAUUCACAUUGAGCUUACCAAUUCAUUUUCUUGUUCUUAGGGUUUCUUUGGUAGAAGAUUCCUCUAAAAACGUUAUGUCCAGAAUUGCAAAAUUGUUAUACUUAAGUCUACUUCUUUAAAGGCCAUUUAACAUGUUAGCAGUAGCAUAUUCAAAUUGGAAGUUCAUUCCUUAUGUGUUAUUGUUCUUUUCUGUUGUAUAGUUUACGAAUACAUUUUAUGCAAAAAAAUAUUUCAAGCAGUAAAACAAAUAAAAACCAAAGCCAAAAUCUUUGAUUUGGGAGAGGAAAGACCAGGGACCGAAAACUUCUAUAAUUAAAUCCAUGAGAAUUUUACCUCAGGAGAGAGCUUAAAGUUAAAUCUAUAGCUGUCAUAUCUUUCUCAAAUAUUCUGAUACUGUAGUGUACUGUUUGUGUUCUAUGAAUUUCCAGAAAAGCAAUAGCCAUGUAAAUCAUUUACCUCUCUAUUACUUCUUUGUAUGUUUUAUUUGUUCAAAUAUAGUAGAGAAAAGCAUUUAUAAACCUUCAAAAAAUAUUCCUACUAGUUUUUAGAUAAAUUGUAGGAUAUAUAGAAGGAUCAUUUUAUGCAAGAAAUAUACUGCAAGAGUAGUUUGAAUGGAGUCUUAUUAUAAUUUGUUCAGAAAAAUACCUAUUAUUUUAAAGUUUCCAUAUUUUAGCUCAGUUGGACAUUCAAAUAAGAAUUCAUUGUUCACAUCUUUCUAAUAUGAUAUGUAUACCCCAGUUCUUAAAGUGUAUGUUUUUAUUGUAUAUGUUUAUUCCUCAUAUGGGUACUAUUUCAUAUUUAUAUUUCAUUCUAAAACAAGUGUGCACACAACUAAAUCUUUACUCUUUGAAUUUAACAUGGCACUUUGCACUGUUACAGAGAAAAUGAGGAACUUUUUCUUAGUGAGUUGUUUUCAUUCUUUAAAAAAUAUAUAUGCAUCCUUUGCCAGCCUGGUAGCUCUCAACUUACUCUUCAGGGAAUGAGAAACUAUCUCUAGACUGAUUUCCUUACAAGGUAGCUUUCUGCCCUAUAGUGUUACUAAUUAAUUUGCCUAGUUCUGAGCCAUUUAUCCUUUUAAACUUUGGAAGAUAUAUUAGUUCUAACUUAUUGUUUUGAGCUAUAUUUCAGAAUUUAAAAUUUUUAUGAGAAAUAUAUUAUUUUGUUGUUAUUUAUUAGUACAUUGUUUAACUUGUGGAACAAUACAAGCUAUGAAAACUUGCUACUAGUAUAAGCAAUAGAAUGUUCACCAGGUGCAAGAAAACAAAGUGUUUGUACAAAUGCAACUAUUUAUGAAAUACAUGUGUGGUUUAAAGGAUGACUUAAUCUAUGUUAUCCAUUAUAUAAAAUGAGACUAAAUUAAACAGGGUCUUCUUUCAAAUUGUUA